AUGAAUUCAGUAGUUAUUGCAUCCAAAUUAGAUACAGAUUUAGAAGCAAAGAUAUGUAGACUUGGCUUUUAUGGAAAUAUUUUACAUUCAUAUACAGCUUAAUAAAUAUUUAAUAAAACUACAGAAGAAUAUUUAGAAAGAAAACUAAAAAUGGAAAUUUAAAAAGGGUGA